GUUGUUUAUUUGUCAUUUUCGUAGUGACAGAUAUUUUUCAUGAAAGGAAUAAUGUGACAAAUGAACGAUUAAAACUAAACAUUUUACGGCUAAGGUAUUUUUAUUCCAAUAUUACGACAAUUAUAUGAUGGAAUCAAAUUUAACAAGAAAUGCUAUUUCAUUUGGUACUUCUGCGUUCGAUGAAGCAAUGAGAAAUUUAACGGAAGUAAUGGAUGCAGGGAAUGGAGUGAAGAUGGCAACAAUUGGAGCACUUUUAGUUGUACUUAUUAUGGCAUGUAUUAUUGGUAAUUUAUUUGUUAUUGUUGCAAUUCUUAUCGAACGUGAUCUCAAAACUCGACCUCAAUACUAUCUUAUAUUUUCGCUUGCUGUUGCUGAUUUAUUAGUAGGUGUAAUAGUGACACCAUUAGGUGCUUGGUCAACAAUAAUGAGUGCAUGGACAUUUGGUGUAGUAUUAUGUGAUUUUUGGAUUAGCAUUGAUGUAUUAGUCUGUACAAGCUCAAUCCUUCAUUUAGUUGCAAUCGCAUUGGAUCGUUAUUGGAGUGUCACCGAUGUGUCAUAUGUGCAAAAUCGUACACCAAAUCGAAUAUUUGGCAUGUUAGGUAUUAUUUGGCUCGUAUCAUUACUCAUUUCAUUGGCUCCAAUGUUUGGUUGGAAAGAUAGUGAUUUUUAUCGACGGGUUAUGGAACAACGUGUGUGCCUCAUUAGUCAACAAAUAAGUUAUCAGAUAUUUAGCACGGCAACUGCUUUUUACAUUCCAUUAUGUGCUAUUAUAUCCAUCUAUUAUAAAAUUAUGCGUACUGCAAAAAGUCGUUUUAAACGUGAACGUGAACGUCGUAAAACUACCAAUUAUUCACAUCAGAAUGCAAAGUACCAAAAACAAUGUGGAAAGCAUUUGAAGUCAAAUUCAAGUACGAUUAAUGAAAAUGAAAAGAUUCCAAUCAGUACUAAAUCAACAAUUGAAGAAGAAUUGCCAUGUGAUACAGUUGAAACUCCUUUGGAUCAAUGCAAUUUACAACUAAUGAAUGGUAAAAAUGGAAAGAAAAAAAUGAAUGUUUCAAUAAGGAAACGAAAAGGAUGCAUUAAAGAGAAUGCUGAAAUGAAACGUGAACAUAAAGCAUGGCGUACACUUGCUAUUAUUACUGGAACAUUUGUAGCAUGUUGGACACCAUUUUUUCUCAUUUCUCUUUAUCGACCGAUAUGUCGUUGCGAAAUACCAAUAUUGGUGGAAUCAAUUACUAAUUGGUUAGGUUAUUUGAAUUCAGCACUUAAUCCGAUUAUCUAUACCGUAUUUUCUAAUGAUUUUCGAACAGCUUUUAAACGUAUCCUUGCUCGAUUGCUAUUUCUUAAAAUGGCACGACCAUAGCACCGAUAACAACGAUGGUAACUCCAAUCUCUAGGCUUCCAAUGUUAUCAGUUAGGGAAGAAUGAAGCAAUAUUCAAUGAUGUCGCUGAAAUCGCGAAAAGAAGCAGUGAAUCAAUAAUUGCUUUGAUACUGUUGGUAUUAGUUAUUGUAUGUAUAGAUACACUGUGCAAUGUAAACUAAUAUUGUACAUCCAAUGUUUUAUAUUCUAUAAUAAUAAUUCCUGUGAUCUCAAAUUGACCUCAGAAUUAUCCCAGGAUCUGCCCUAUUCGAGCAAGAAAAAGGUGCUGAGAGCCAAAUCAUUUUCGAAAGACGUGUUCCAACAGGUCGGUUGGAAAGACA